AUGUUAGGUUUAGAACAGACCCUGAGCCAGUAUCACGUGUAUGUAGCUCGUCGUUGUUUGUAUACAGAGAUGUCUGAGCCGGUGGAGGUGCUGGAGGCUCGUCCCGGACCCAGCACGCCGCCCCGCGAGGACGAGCGGCCGCGGCCCAAGGACCCUCCCAUACUGUUCAAGGACAUUGAUGGCGUGGCGGAGUACGAGUCGCUGGUGAAGGGUCUGGAGGGAGUGGAGCUGACGGAGGACGAGCGGCGUAGUCUGGACGAGCUGCAGCAGUACCUGGUGGCCGGGGAGGGCUCCUGGGUGCUCGGGGAUGACUUCCUUGCCUUCGUCGGUCGCGUGUUGUCGGACUCCUCCCUCCCGUCCCCGGCCCGCGUGUCUCUGCUGCGCUGCCUGUGCUGCGCGGCGCUCCGUGAGGACGUGUCCCUGGUGCUGCACCAGGACCGUCGCCACCACUCGCUCCUCUCCUACUCGUACAACAUCGACCGCUUGCCGGUGGACGAGCAGCUGGCGCUCCUCCUGUUCAUGGUGAACCUGUUCUCGGGCCCGUCGUCGUCGGAGUGGUUGCUGUACAUCAGCGAGUGGUCGUCGGGCGGCGGGCCUCCUCUGUCCAACAUCCGCGUCACCACCAAGGUGUGUGUGCACGGCGUGCUGGCCGCCGAGCCGGCGCUGAGGGACGCGGGCACGGCGCUGCUCUACAACAUAGCCACCAAGGAGGUGUUCGACGAGGUGUGUGUGGAGCUGUGUAUGGCGGCGCUCCAGCUGUGUUCGUCAGCUCCGGCCGAGGAGCUCCUGUGGCGCGCGCUGGCCGCCCUCGCCCGCCUCGCGGAACACUCGCACGAUGUACCGCAACUCGUCGCACUCGUCGGACCUGACCCCGGCGCCUUCAGGUACACACACACACACACACACACACACACACCUUCACCACUGGUCUACUCGACUGUACCUGACGCGGCUUUCUGUGCAGGGGGACCAGUCCUCGAGUGGACGAGCAGGUGGACCUCAUCGUACAGAGGGUGGCGGCGAGGGGGUAGAGGGAGGGGCAGGGCGAGGAGGAGAGGCGACCUGUACAUAGAGGAGGGGGAGGGAGUCACAUGUAGCGGACACGAGCACAGGACGCGCGACACGCACGGAGACAUGACGAGGACUGAACACCUGGAGGAGGAGGAGCUGCAGGUGGAGGGGCGGCGCGGGGGGCGGGGCCUGGAGCAGCUGGUGCCGGCCGCGCGCUGGGCCCGGCGGUACUCGCGCACGGCGGCGGUCGCGGACCUGGUGGCGGGCCUCACGCUGGGCCUCACGCUCGUGCCUCAGUCCAUCGCGUACGCCGCGCUGGCCGACAUGCCCGUGCACUACGGACUGUACUCCGCGCUCGUGGGGUCGCUGGUGUACCCGCUGCUGGGCACGGUCCGCCAGGUGUCCAUCGGGCCCACGUCGUUGUCGUGCCUCAUGACCCUGUCCGCCACCCGCGGCCUGUGUCCGGACGCGGCCGUGCUGCUCUCCUUCCUGGCCGGCUGCGUGGUGCUCGCUAUGGGACUGCUCAGACUCGGUUUCCUGGUGGAUCUGAUCUCUCCGUCAGUAACGAGCGGCUUCACCACGGCCACGGCCAUCAUCAUCGUGUGUUCGCAGCUCAAGGGCCUACUGGGCCUGAGGUUCACGGCCGAGUCUCCCGCAGACAACCUGGCUCUCAUCCUGCAGCAGUGGAGGCUCGUGCGGGUCAACGACCUCGCGCUGGCGGCCGCCUGCUGCACCGCCCUGCUCAUACUACGAAAGCUCAAGGACCUGCCGGUGAGUCCUAAGAAGCCGAAGUUGAAGAAGGUGCUCUGGCUCGUAUCGAUCGCCCGCAACGCGCUCGUGGUGCUGGCUGCCUCCACAGUCGCCUACUACACGUACGACCAGCAGCAGCCUCUGUUCUUACUGUCAGGAAAAGUGGAGCCGGGCCUUCCGAAGCUCGGUCUGCCUCCCUUCAGUACUCGUAUCGGUAACGAGACGCUGGGCUUCGUGGAGCUGACGCGCCGCCUGGGACACCACGUGCUGCUGCUGCCCUUCAUCAUGGUCAUGGCUAACAUUGCUAUCGCCAAGGCUUUCGCGGCGGGUGCUCGUGUGGACGCCACCCAGGAGAUGUUGUCUCUAGGCGUGUGUAACCUGGUGUCGUCUCUGGUCCGCGGGCUGCCCUCGUGCGGCGCCUUCACCCGCUCGGCCGUGAGCCAGGCGUCAGGCGUGCGGACCCCGGCGGCCGGCCUGUACUCGGGAGCCGUGACGCUGCUGUCCCUGGUGUACCUGACCGAGUACUUCUCGUUCAUCCCCCGCGCCUGCCUGUCGUCCGUCCUCAUCUGCGCCGUCGUGUUCAUGAUCGACGUGUCCGCGGUGUCCCGCGCGUGGCGCUCGUGUCGCUGGGAGGCGGUGGUGGUGGUGGUGACGUGCGUGUGUUGUGUGUGGGCGGGUGUGGGCGGCGCGGUGGCGGGCGGCGCGCUGUGCUCGGCGGCCAGCCUGCUGUGGUCCGCGUGUCCGGGCCCGCUCGUGUGUCGGCGCGGCUCGUGGCUGCUGGUCCGUCCCCGCCGCUCGCUCGUGUUCGUGAACGCGGAGCGCGCGGCGGACGUGGUCCGUUCCUCGCUGUCCUCGUGUCCUCCGCUCCGCCGCGUGUUGUUCGACUGCGGCUCCCUCGUGUUACUGGACUACACCGCCCGCGGGGUCCUGGAGCGGUUAAUCUCUGAGCUGGAGUCGUCCGGGUGUGAGGUUGUGUUCUAUAACGCGAACCGUGAGGUGGAGGCGGACCUGCGACUGGUGGCGGGCCUGGACCCGAGCUGGCUGCUUGUGACGUCACCACCUCCCGAGACGAGGGACGAGGGGGGGGCGCUGCUCGGGGAGGCGGAGGUGUGA